CAUUUGAAUUAGGUAUAUGUGUAUGUAGGUGUGUAUAUAUAUAAAAAAUAAACCAGAAGAGAUGAACACACAGCGCUGGUUCUUCAUUGUGAGGAGGAGGAGUAAACGGAAUCUCUGGAUCGAGUUCACAGUAGGAGGCGGUAAUGCGCGAAACUGGUGCGAUCCGCCAAAGAAAGGGAAGAAGAAGACGACGUCAUGAGGAUGCGCCGCGCUCAUAUGAAAGAACUGAGUGUCCAACAAACUCCUGCUGAUGAGACACUGUUAUAAAGAUGGCAUUUAGUAAAGAGGAGAGGGAAGACAUGAAUAUUGAAGAAGCUUACAGAGUCAAACCAGAAGAUCAUGAGAAACAAACGAAGAAGGUGUUUAUUAAAGAGGAGAGCGAAGGCAUCAGGAUCGAAGAAGUAUUCAGUCUGAAAGAUAAUGAGGAGCAAACAGACCUAAUGGCAUUAAAAAAAGAGAAAGAAGUACUCUGUGACAUUGAAGAGAAAGAUCAAUACGAAAAUCAGCAUGAUUUCACAGCUGAAAAGAAAUCUUUAAGGUGUUCGAAGACUGACAAGAUUUCCACAUGGAAAAAAUCUCAGAAGACUAGAACAGUUAAAAGUGAUUUCACUUGCUUUCGGUUUGGAAAGAGUUUCAAUAAACAAGGAAAUCUAGAAAGGCAUAUAAAAAUUCACACUGGAGAAAAGCCUUACACCUGCAGGCAGUGUGGCGAGAGUUUUGCUCAACGUGUAAACCUUAAAGUCCACAUGAGAAUUCACAAUGGAGAGAGUCCCUUCACAUGCCAACAGUGUGGAAAAAUAUUCUGUCAUCAAGGAAGCCUUAGUCACCACAUGAGAGUUCACACCGGAGAGAAGCCUUACACAUGCCAACAGUGUGGAAAGAGAUUCAAUCAUAAAGGAAGCUUAGACAGGCACAUAAGAAUUCAUACCAGAGAAAAGCCUUACACCUGCCAGCAGUGUAGAAAAAGUUUUUCUCAACAUGGAAACCUUGAAGUCCACAUGAGAAUACAUAAUGGAGAGAGUCCCUUCACAUGCCAACAGUGUGGAAAAAGUUUCAGCCAAAAAGGAAGCCUCAGCAACCACAUUAGAAUUCACACUGGAGAGAAGCCUUACACUUGCCAACAGUGUGGACAAAGUUUCACUCAUAAAGGAAGCCUUAACUGGCACAUGACUGUUCACACUGGAGAGAAGCCUUACACAUGCCCUCAGUGUGGAAAGAGUUUUCAUCAGCAUGGAAACCUUCAAGUCCACAUGAGAAUUCACACUGGAGAGAAGCCUUACACCUGCCAACAGUGUGGAAAGAGUUUCACUCAUAAAGGAAGCCUUAACUGGCACAUGAGAAUUCACACGGGAGAAAAAUCUUAGGGUGGCAUGUUUUCCCCCAUAGCUCGGUUUGUUUGGGCAUAUGGGAACAAGGCACAAGUUAAAGUGAUUGUAAUAUGUUUUUGUUGUUACUUUCAUGCAGUUAAUGUUUCUGGAUUUAUUUGGAAUGUUGACAUUUUUGUAGAAUUCUUGAGGACUGGUCAGAAUAACUGUAAUUAUUUUGUUUGAAGUAGUUGUGCAGGUUUUGCCUCAUUGUCGCCAUCUCGGUUGGAAACCUGCAGUUAUCAGCAGAAUUUUCAUAUGUCUGUGGUUUUUGAUUCAGCAAGGCUCCUCAGCAUGGAUUAAUCUAAUGUUUCGAGGACUGUGUCUAUACUUCAGCUACUACACCAGUGUAGAUAUUCACUGUACUCUGGUAUUACAGAUACUAUGUUUUGGAAGUAUCACUAAAAUAAGAAAUUUCACUGGAAAAUGUAAUCUGAACAAGUAGCAUGGCUGCCACUUUUGUUCUGACCAUCUAAGAAAAAGAAGCAUUACAAUAAAUCAAACUACCAAUGGUGAUUAAAUCUAACGAUUGCUUUGCUCAUGUCACAUCAAACCAUACAAAUUUUUAUUGUAAUACUUUGUUCUCAAAUUGUUAAUGUUAAAGACAUCAGCACUGCAUGACUGUGUGUAUUAUUGUCCAAAGUCUUAUGCUUUUAACUGAAUCUUCAGUUGUCACUGAUGACUGUCAUUUGGACCUGUAUGGCCAUCCACCAUCAAAGUGACAAGUUUAAUAAAUAUCCAUCAUUGUGAAA